UAGUCUCAAAUUGAAACAUCCCAUGAUUAAAUUCAAGACAAAAUUUAUAGGACAUUUGUUUGACGGUAUAAAUUUAUGAGAGAAUAACAUUUACGUAACUAAUCUUUAUCGAGGGAGAGGGACAACCAAUACUACGUACAGAGGAAGAAUAUCAUCCUUUAAAUACUAUGACCAAAUACUAAGAAUCUCACACAUGUUUUCGAGUUGCUACAAAAUGAAGCCCUCUGUAGUUUCCACUCUUUCUUUUUCUCUCUUCUUUCUCUCCCAAUUCUUGCUAUCUCUCUCUGAAAGGUGCAAUCCAGAUGACAAAAAAGCCCUCUUAGAAAUAAAAAGAGGCCUAGGCAAUCCCUAUGACUUGAUCACGUGGGAUCCCAAAACUGAUUGUUGUACUGAUUGGGUUAAAGCUACUCUCUCAUGUGAUGAAAAAACUAAUCGUGUUACUGUCCUAAACCUCUUCCAAAUUAAUAGCCCCGGUCACCUCUCUCCUGCCGUUGGAGACCUUUCGUACCUCCAAACGUUAGACAUCAACAAUGUCCGAAAUCUCUCCGGUCCUAUUCCACCCACAAUUGCUAAGCUCUUGAAGCUCACAUUCUUGAGAAUUAGUCAAACAAACAUUUCAGGACCCGUGCCUGAAUUUCUUACUCAUUUGAAAAACAUAACGUACAUCAACCUGUCGUACAAUAAUCUCGUUGGUACAAUCCCACCCUCUCUUUCUCAACUUCCAAACUUGGAGUUCCUGCGUUUAGAUAGGAACAAAGUUACUGGAACAAUUCCAGAAUCUCUCAGCAACCUAGCUCCAAAACUCACGUAUCUUUACCUUGGACACAACCAACUAACAGGCAUUGUGCCAAAUUCUUUUGCUGGUUGGAGCUUCGACACAAUUGACUUGUCAAGGAACAUGCUUGAAGGGGAUAUUUCAUUCUUAUUUGGCAAAGAUAAGACAACGUUUGAAAUGCUAUUGGAUCAUAAUAAGUUCAACUUCGACUUCUCAAAGCUGACAUUUGGGAAUAGAUUAGCGAGGUUGGAUUUGAAUCAUAACAAGAUUUAUGGGAGCCUUCCAACAAUCUUGACGAAGCAAUCUUGGCAGCUGUUCAAUGUGAGUUAUAACAGUCUUUGUGGAAAGAUUCCACAGGGUGGAUCUAUGCAGAGAUUUGAUCAAUAUUCCUAUUUUCAUAACAAAUGCUUGUGUGACGCACCAUUGCCACCAUGUAAAUGAUCAUGACUAGUACUGGUUUUUCCAUUAUAUAUUCACAGAAAUAAGAGUGGUAAGCUACUACAUGUGUUCUUGUGGUCCUACAUCCACCUAUCUUUCUAUGUAUUUCAACCUCUCUUUGAAUGUUGAUAUAAGCCAGUAAUAAACUUAAGGCUGUCAAUAGGCAUAUGAAUGUACUUUAGAUAGGCAUAUCUAUCUAUUUGUCCUUUUCAGUAACCUCUUGAUCGAUGAAUUAAUGUGCAUUGAAUGAAGUUAAA